AAAUGAGAAAUAGAAAUGUUGACACAAAAAGAGAAAAUAGAAGCACAGCCAUACAUUGAAUAUCCAAAAUCUGAUCCUCACUUAUUUUCCUCCUCAAAAACCAUCAACCACAUAAUCUUACUUCUCUUCUUCCACUAUUACUACUGCUCAACUUCACCGUUUCCUUUUGUUUUCCUUCCACACCAAACUAUGGCCUCGGCUACUUUCGCUGUAGCCAAACCACCCCUUCAGGGCAAUGGUAAGGGUUUUCAGGAAUUUUCAGGACUCCGUAACUCGUCAGCUUUCCUUUCCUUCAACAAGAAAACUUCUGAUGAUUUCCUCUCUGUCGUUGCUUUCCAGACUUCUGCCGUUGGAAGCAGCAAUGGAGGAUACAGGAAAACUGUUGCUGAGGCUAAGCUGAAAGUGGCUAUAAAUGGAUUCGGUAGGAUUGGCAGGAACUUCUUGAGGUGCUGGCACGGACGCAAGGACUCCCCUCUUGAUGUCAUUGCCAUCAACGACACUGGUGGUAUCAAGCAAGCUUCUCACCUUCUAAAGUACGAUUCCACUCUUGGCAUCUUCGACGCUGAUGUCAAGCCUGUCGGUACUGAUGGAAUCUCUGUCGAUGGCAAGGUCAUCCAAGUUGUUUCCGACCGCAACCCCGUCAACCUUCCGUGGGGGGAGUUGGGGAUCGACCUGGUGAUAGAAGGGACAGGAGUGUUCGUGGACAGGGAUGGUGCAGGGAAGCACAUUCAGGCAGGAGCUAAGAAGGUGCUGAUCACAGCCCCCGGAAAGGGUGACAUCCCGACCUAUGUCGUAGGAGUCAAUGCUGAUGGUUACGAUCCUGAUGAGCCUAUCAUUAGCAAUGCUUCUUGCACUACUAACUGUCUUGCUCCCUUUGUCAAGGUCCUUGACCAGAAAUUCGGAAUCAUCAAGGGUACGAUGACAACAACUCACUCAUACACCGGUGACCAAAGGCUACUCGAUGCGAGCCACCGUGACCUAAGAAGAGCAAGAGCCGCAGCUCUUAACAUAGUUCCAACAUCUACUGGUGCAGCCAAGGCAGUUGCGCUUGUUCUUCCAAGUCUCAAGGGCAAACUUAACGGCAUUGCCUUGCGAGUCCCUACUCCGAAUGUCUCAGUCGUCGAUCUCGUCGUUCAGGUCGAGAAAAAGACCUUCGCCGAAGAAGUAAACGCCGCAUUCAGAGAAAGUGCAGAUAACGAACUGAAGGGAAUCCUGUCAGUGUGCGACGAGCCGCUUGUGUCGGUUGAUUUCAGGUGCACAGAUGUUUCAUCAUCAAUUGAUUCAUCAUUGACAAUGGUGAUGGGAGACGACAUGGUUAAGGUGAUUGCUUGGUAUGAUAAUGAAUGGGGUUACUCUCAAAGGGUCGUUGAUUUGGCUCACAUUGUUGCCGACAACUGGAAAUAGAGGAUCUAUAUAUAUAUUUAUAUGUUUAUCUAAUCUUGCACAAUGUAAUUUCUGAUUUUGUCUACUUCAUUUGUUCAUUUCCUAGUUUGGUUUUUGAACUUUCUAUUUUUCUCAAGAAUGUAUAAUUAUAUUGUUGAACUCAUUUUCCUUCAAUAAAGAAUCUUACUUCUCAUCAA